AUGCCGCAUUUAAAGACGACACAUAAAGAAGAUGCAACUAUUCUAUUUGACCUAGACCCUUCAUUCACUGGGAUUAUGCGUGGCGUAGCCAAUGAUGAAUCAGAAGGUUGUUCUGUCAUUGGAAACUGUAUUGUUCAAGUUCAUAAACCAGUAAAGAUUAGAAGAUUCAUUGUUUGGUUAGAGGGUCGUUGUAAAGUCAAUAUCAAGGGCACUGGUUACAGUGUCUCCAACACAGAAGGAACGGAAAGCAGAACGCUCUAUUCAAAAGAUAUCCACUUUAUGGGUGAUGACGGCUUAGUACACACCUUGAUGCCUGGUCAAUACGCCUACCCUUUCCGAUUCGAUCUUCCAGCCAAUUUACCUGCCAGUUUUCGUGGUAAGCGAGGUUACAUUCGAUACAGACUACAAGCCGCCAUCCAUCGCCCCAAUAUGUUUUCAAGUGACAUCCAAGCAUCAAGAGAUAUCCCUAUCAAACGCUGUUUACUCAAUGAUCACACUAAUAUGGCAGAUCUUCGAGAAACGUACGAGGGCAAGCAACAUACCAACAAACUACGCUAUUCAGCGACUGCGCCUAGCAUUGCUUAUCGUGAAGGUGGUCUGAUCCGACUCAACAUUGAAAUGCAGCUUCAAAGACCAGAAACACAAUCUAUACGAACAGUGACGUGCGCAUUACGCGAGCGUAUCCAGUACCGAACCACAGAUAGCAAUGCCAGCACCGUUCUCAGCAAGACGGACAACCUCUUUCCUUUGGGCUACAGCACGUUCUAUCCAAGCCAAGCUCCUGACUAUGAUCCCAAGGCAAAGGCAGACUAUAAUGCCCUCUUCCGUCUCUGUCCUCGUGUCAGUGCCGAUUUGAAUAGUCGAUUGAUGAAAGUGACUCAUGCACUUGUAGUUAAUAUCAUGCUUGACGACUCACAGCCUGACGAUCAAGAGGAAGAAUCUGCUUAUGAAACAGAAGCAACUGAUACCGAAUGGAAUGCUUUCUCUGAAGACGAACGACAUGUCGAUACCAAGCAUAGUAGCCCAUCCUCCACUCCUCCUGGUUCUACUCCUGGUUCGCCCAUUCUCAGUCGUUCCUCUUCUGCUUCCUCGCUUGUCUCUAUUUUUGCCAUGGGUCGCUCUCAUUCUAAUGGCUACACAAGUGGUGGCGAAGAACUGGCCACGAUUCCAGCUAUCAAAAGCCAUCGAAAAAAAUCUUCCAAGAAACACAAGGAUUCGCAUGGUUCUCACUUGACUCUUUGCACUCUCGAGGUACCUCUCGUCGUUACAUCUCGUGAGCAUUUGUGGAAUGAAAAGCCCAACCCUCCUGCUUACGAUGAGGCCCAGGAACCACCAAGCUAUGAUACUGCUCUUGAUGAUCUUCCUCGUGCACCCACUUAUCCAACAGAUGAUUCUGGUAGUGCUAACAGCAGUGCUCGAUCAAGUCAAGAGGAAAUUCGUGAUCAUGAUCAUCACGAAGGUAGUAGUAGUGCUCGACCAUCACUUGUGUCUCGAUCUUCUUUUAUGGAAGCAAGACAUGCUGCUGCCAAGGUUCUCUCGGCUGUUUCAUCCAAAGUACCUCGCUCUCACGUAUAA